AUGUCCAAGCUCAGCAUUUGCCUCCUGCUCGUCGUCCUGGUGGUGGCCAUUGAGGCCGAUGGCGACGGUCGCCGCCCCUGCGAAGGCCGCUGCACCAUCAGGGACCUGAGCAGCCCCAGGCUCCUCUGCGUACGGGAUCGCCGCACCAACACCUGCACCAAGCUCCGGCCCUGCCGCCUUCGCGAGCUGAACUGCCGCCGCCGCGACUCUGGCCUGGCACCGCUCAAGGAGUCCUGCACGACCCGAUGCCGCAAUAUCCUGGGCGGCAGCGGCGUCAGCGGCCAGUGCGCCAAGCGGCUCCGCACCCAGUCCGGCUCCACGGACUCCAAGAGGGUGCGCGAUUGUCGCCAACGUCGUUGCAUCGAUGACAAGAUCGCCGGCUGCUGGAAGGAUGGUCAGGGAGCCUGCAUCGUGCAGACCCGCUGCGAGGCAAGCCGCAAGAACUGCGUCAACCCGUCCAACCAAUGGAGCCGCACUAGUCAGUGGCGUUGCCGUGGCAAUGUCCAGGGUGGCGGAGCACGCAGGUGCCGCUCACGGCCCAUCGUCAUCAAGGAUUAGACACUCACUCCAAUCCAAAAUGCAACUGGAACCGCAAGACCAACGAAAAUCUCGAAAAUCUCGAAAAUAACUUAUAUUUCCCACUCCCUUCCCACUAAUUGUCUUUGAAUCUGAAAAUACCCACAAAUUUCGUCGAAAAUCCAUCAACUUUCCCGAACUAUUCCAAUUAGUUUUUGUUCGACGAUGCCGAAUCCUA